UUGUUUUAAGCAGCAUUGCUUCCUGAAGGUUACCGUGAGGUGAGAGCUACACAGCCGCGGAGCGUCACUGCUGGGGUGUUGUGGCCAGGAGUGUUUGGCCUAUCUGUAGCGCUAGUGUUGGGCUCAGGAAGUAGUGAAAAGCUGAUGGUGAGGUGAAGUCUCUGUGGAGCCCGUAGGCUUAGCAAUGAAGAGGAUAUUUGGGUUCGGGAGUAAGAAGGGCGUGUCGCCCUUGGGCUCCGCUUCUGUUGGGCAGAAGAAUAAUAGGAUUGACAACUUCCUGAUGGGUUACCACGUCCGAGACAGAGAUCUCGGAAAGAUCCACAAGGCUGCCUGCGUGGGCAACGUAGCGAAAGUGCAGCAGAUUCUGUUCUUGGGGAAAAAUGGCGUGGAUGAUAGAGACAAGAUGAACAGGACUGCUCUUCAUUUGGCCUGUGCCAAUGGCCAUCCAGAAGUGGUGACCCUCCUAAUAGAGAGGAAAUGCCAUCUUAACCUCUGUGAUAAUGAAAACAGGACAGCUCUCAUGAAGGCCGUACAGUGCCAGGAAGAGAAAUGUGUAAACAUACUGUUGGAAAAUGGUGCCGAUCCAAAUAUUAGGGAUUUGAGUGGCAACACUGCUCUCCACUAUGCUGCCUUUGGUGAUAAUAUAUCCAUAAUAGAGAAGCUGCUGCUAUACAAUGCGAAUACUGAAGCAAUAAAUAAGGAUAACUUCACACCACUUCUAGUUGCUGUAAAUGAAAACAAACAGCAAAUAGUGGAAUUUUUAAUAGAAAAGGCAGCAAAUAUACAUGCAGUUGAUAAAUUAAAAAGCAAUUACGAAAUAAUUUGCAGACAUAAAGAAGAAAUCAUGCUUAAAAAUUCUUUGCAAAAUAGCAAUCCAGUAGAAGAUAAGAAUUCUGAGGAAGACUCUUUAACCAGCCUUUCCGACAAACCUGGUAUUGAUGAUUCAUGGCCUACAUCAGAUAGCGAAGACUUAGAUUUUGGUACCAAGAAUGUCCCGAAACCAAGUGUAGCAAAGCUACUGCAUUCUUCUGGGCAAUUCAUGAAAAACAUGAGAGCAAAACGUGGCUCUGUGAAAGCAGAAGGUGGAACGUUAUCUGAGGACAAUAAUCCUGAUUCUGAAAAUGAAGAUGUGGGUGAAACUCUUUCCAAACCACCAACCAGAGAUUAUGGCGAUUCUCUUCCUAUUUUUCCAUCAGCUAAAUCUCUUCUAAAACCUUCUCUCAAGACGUUAGCUGUCCUUGGUCUUCCAAAGGAAGGAACAGCAAAGUCAGCAGUGGAAGCACAGGAAGAUGGUAUUGGUAUUACUGAAAAUGUGCCACCAGAGCAAACAGUUAAUGACAGUUUGACUUCUGGUGGAGUGCAUAAAAAUUACAGAAGUGAUAUGAUGUCAGCAUUAGGAUUAGGAGAAGAGGAAGAUGUAGAAUCACCUUCUGAUCCUGAGAGUAUGUCUGAGAGUCCAAACAAAUAUGUUCCUCAUUUAUCUGGAGCUGUGGAUCAGAAAGGGCAAAGUAUAUUAAAUGGACAAGUAGAAGAUGUGUUUUAUAUACCUUCUUGCAUGAGUGGAUCAAGAAACUUUAAGAUGGCUAAACUAGAGGAUACAAGAAAUGUAGGCAUACCAGUAACCCACAUGGAUCCUCCUGACAAAUAUCCUCACUUGAAGCCUACCGUUGAAGUGGAAGAUUCUUUUUCUGAUAAAACAGUAGGAAUGAAGGAUAUACAGACAUCCAGAUCAGAUUUUUCCGAUUGGGAGUCUACUAGUUUGACCUUCGGUAAUGAGACUUGUCAAACAUCCAAGAAUUUGAAGGUUGAUGAUAAAUGCCCAUUUGUAUCACAACCAAUGAUCAAAAAUCAGUCAGCAUCCACAGAUUCUGGACCGAUAACCUUAGUAGAUAAAGAAAAGAUUAAUAUUGGAACUGUGCUGCUGUUAGGUAAUUGUACACUCCAUGACCUGAGUGAAUCACAGUUACCAGAAAACAGAGAGAGCAAAGAAGCAGACCUAGACUUAGAAUUAACAUCAGUGGAAGAGCGAGAAAGGCUUGAUGGAAGUGAAAAUAACCACCCACAGUAUCAAGUUCCAUUAAAGGUUGAAGAAAAAAAGCACAGAAGUAGUGACAUGGAAGUAUCAGAAAACAUACAUGAUGCUGCAGCUGCUGGAUUAAUUCAACAAAGAAAGAAUGGAAAAACUGAUAACCAUCAAUUUCCUGUUACAGAAAAUAAAGAUUCUGAUAGUAGUGAACCUGGUUUACAUAUGAAGAAGUUAAAGAAAGGUGAAGAUGAAGAAGGGACAUCAGAAGAAUCUGUGAUCACACCAGUGUUGAAGAAGGCCGAUUCCCUAACUGGUGGUCUACUACAAAUGAAUGAGGGCAGCAGUUUAAGUGAAAAGGAUCAGCAUGAAAGCAGACCUGCAAAGAAAAUUUCUAAGAAAAAGAACAAGGUCAAAAAGCAAGUUACGUCUAUGGAUGACCUUGUCGACUUAAUUCAGUCAUCUGAAACAGCUUCAGAGGAUUGUGAGUUGCCUUACUCUAAGAAUUUCAUGUUGCUAAUUGAAAAACUUGGCAUGGAUUGUAAAGAUACUGUUGGCUUCUUGAAAAUCCAAGAUAUAGUUCUUUCCUAUGAAAGAUUAAUGAAACUUAACAAAAGUCACUGUAAACUACUUACAGGAAAAAUUAAAAAAAUGGAAAAAACAGUUAGUGCACUACAAAACGAGCUACGAGAAGCAAAAGACAUGAAAUCACGGUUAGAGCAUCAAAAAGUGGAAUGGGAACAUGAAUUCUGCAGUUUGAGAUUUACUUUAAAACAAGAAGAAGAAAAAAGAAGAAAUGCUGAUAUGUUAUAUGAAAAAAUUAGGGAGAGGUUAAGAAGAAAAGAAGACCAAUAUAAUAAAGAAGUUGAAACAAAACAACAAUUUGAACUCGCUCUUAGAACACUAAACAUGGAAUUGAAGGCCGCAAAAAAUCAUUUGAAUCAGCUUUCUGAUAGUCAUGAGAAACAACAAGAUCUGUUGCAUAAAAACCACAUGCUGCAGGAUGAAAUUGCCAUGCUAAGACUGGAAAUAGACACCAUAAAAAAUCAGAACCAGGGAAAGGAAACGAAAUAUUGUGAAGACAUUGAAAUUGUAAAAGAAGAGAAUGACAAUCUUCAAAAGACCAUAAAACAGAAUGAGGAAACAUUAUCAAAAACAAUAUUCCAAUAUAGUGGACAGCUUAAUGUUUUGACUGCUGAGAUUACGAUGCUAAACUCUAAACUGGAGAAUGAAAAACAAAAUAAAGAGAGCCUGGAAGCAGAAGUUGAAUCAUACCGUGCUAGACUGGCUACUGCUGUACACGAUCAUGAUCAGAGUCAGACAUCAAGAAGAGACCUAGAACUUGCUUUCCAGAGAGCAAGAGAUGAAUGGUUUCAUUUACAGGACAAAAUGAAUUUUGAUGUGUCUAAUCUACAAGAUAACAAUGAAAUUCUUUCUCAGCAACUUUCUCAAGUUGAAAGUAAACUCAAUGCCCUGGAAAUUGAGCUCCAUCACACAAAAGAUGCUCUCAGAGAGAAGACUUUUGUUUUAGAAUGUGUACAAAGGGACCUAAGCCAAACACAAUGCCAGAAGACGGAAAUUGAACACAUGUACCAGAACGAACAAAGUAAGGUGAAUAAAUACAUUGCAAAGCAGGAAUCCUUAGAGGAAAGGUUAUCUCAACUACAAAGUGAAAAUAUGUUGCUUAGACAGCAACUAGAUGAUGCUCACAACAAAGCGGACAGUAAAGAAAAGCUAGUAAUUAAUAUCCAAGACCAGUUUCAGAAUAUCAUAAAAAAACUUGAAGCUAAAAGUGAAGAACAAGGUCUUAUGCUGGGAGAAAGAAAUAAAGAGUUAAUCGAUGAAUGUAAAUAUUUAAAAGAAAGAAUGUAUCAUUAUGAAAAUGAGAAAGCAAAAAUAGAAGUAGUUAUGAGACAACUUCAACAAGAACUGGCUGAUACUCUGAAGAAACAGUCUAUGUCAGAGGCUUCCCUGGAGGUUACAUCACGUUAUCGUCUUAGUUUAGAAGAUGAGACACGGGAUCUAAAGAAGAAAUUAGGUCAAGUCAGAAGUCAGUUGCAAGAAGCACAGGAUCGACAUGCAGAGGCUGUAAGAUAUGCUGAGAAGACGAAAGAUCAUAUGCAAAAGCUAGAGGUUAAAAAUACCAGGCAAGAAGAAACCAUCAAACAGCAAGCGGCCCAAAUUCAAGAUCUUCAGAGCAACUUGUUAAGGACAAGUUUGGCUGAUGACCUUACAACAAAACCGGAAACUACAUCUUCAAAAUGUCUACACCUGGAUGCAAAAAAUCAAGUUCUUCAACAGGAGUUAUUGUCAAUGAAAGCUUUAGGAAAAAAAUGUGAAAAACUAGAGAGCAAUAGCAAGAAGUUACAACAAGAAGUCGUAAAAUUGAAAAGUUUUAUGGAAAUGAAUAUGGUAGAACGCAGUCAAGUGGAACAGUAUAAACGGGAGAUUGAAGAAAGAGCACGACUGGAGAUAGUAGAAAAAUUAAAGGAAGUCAAUCUGUUUUUACAGGCACAAGCAGCAGCUCAAGAAAACUUAGACCAGUUAAGAGAAAAUGCUCAUGCUUCAAUGAGAAGUCAAAUGGAACUUAGAAUUAAAGAUCUGGAAUCUCAGGUCUCUACAAUGAAGACUUCUCAAGAAGAUUCUACUAAAACUGAGUUGGAAACAUACAGGCAACUCUACCUAGAAGAGUUAAAAGCUAGAAAGUCCUUGAGAAAUAAGCUGAACAGGACUAAUGAGAGACUAUCAGAGAUCAAUACAAAACUUCUGGUAGAGAGACAGCAGCACCAAACUUUACUCGGCACUCUUACUCUGAGGUCAGGCCUGGAACCACCUUAUUGUGGACAUUUUGAAAAUAAUUUAGUGCUUAAUAGAAAUCUUACUCCAAGAGGAAACUUAGUGAUUCCUACCUCAAACCCACGGCCGUCAUAUGACUACAGGGAGACUUCCUUGUGGAAGAUGCAGUGGGAGUUGGAAAAAAGUAUAACCAGAGCACUGGAAGAAGCUGCUACUGAAUUUGAAGCAGGAUCCUGUAGAACUCCUUUAGUAUCUACUGAUGAUUCAAUUCUAAAUCAAGACCUGGUAUGGAAAGCAUCACAAGAAUAUGUACAGAUUUUGAACAAAAAUUAUAUGAUUUGAAAAAUAGAAAAAAUUUACUGGAUGCUUACAAAACAUUUUCAUUGUUUCCCAAUUGAACACACUAUAUGGCAAAAUCUUGAUUAAAGGAAAAUGUUUUUGUAUCAUAUGUGUGUGAUGAAAUCUGUAUAAUAUUUUAAACUAUGCUUCUUGGCAUCUCAUUAACUUUUAAGCACAUUUUGUAUGUGGAAACCAGCACUAGAAGGUUUUACAUACUUCAGACCGCUCCACUACCAGCUGUUUGAACAGCACCCAAACAACCAAGUUGCCAUUAAUACUUCAGUAGUGUUAAUGGAUGGCUUUUGUAUUUUCCAAUUUUUGUUACUAUAUGUGGACCUAAAGAUUUAGACAUUAUUUUGAUGUAUUCCUGCUAUGGCUAUUGCCAAUGUUUGUAUGUAUUACAAUUUUUUAUAAUGCCAUAAAACCUAUGUAUAAUUGUAAACACUGAUUCAUAGCUCUUUCCACAUGGAGAAAUAAAAUUUGUCUAAGGCUUUUCA